GAAGAAGUACAUAGGCGAUGUGGGCAGCCUUUCCCAUCCUUUGUCAAUUUAAAGGGAGAGAAAACCCUGCAGUCUGGUGUAGAGAGAGAGAGAGAGAGCAGUGAACCAUGAACGCCCCAGAUCGAUACGAGCGUUUCGUCGUUCCCGAAGGCACCAAGAAGGUUUCCUAUGAGAGAGACACGAAGAUAAUAAAUGCUGCGUCCUUCACCAUUGAGAGAGAAGAUCACACCGUCGGGAACAUUCUCCGGAUGCAAUUACACAGGGACCCUAAUGUGUUGUUUGCCGGUUACAAGCUCCCACACCCUUUGCAGUACAAGAUUAUAGUUAGGGUACACACAACUAGCCAAUCGUCUCCUAUGCAAGCAUAUAAUCAGGCUAUAAAUGAUCUGGACAAGGAGCUCAAUCACUUGAAGAGUGCUUUUGAGGAAGAUAUGAUGAAGCAUCCAAGAGAAUUCUAAGGGCAUUUCAGAUUAUGAAAAUGUCAUUUUGGCCUUUCUGAUGCUACUCUUCUAUGUUUAGUGGGUGGUGGAUAUCUCAUUUGACAGCCAUCAGUGUGACUAGUGUUUUCUUAGAUCUGUGUUCUUACCUCAUGCUCAUGGUGGUUUGUAUAUAUUUUGUGCCCCUACUUCCUUGGAACCUAUUGUAAGCUACCAAUAGACCUCAAUGGAUAUAGCUUUUGCAA